GCCUGUACCACCAAAGACCAUCCAGUUUACAUGUCUGUCUACAAUAACGGCACCAAGAUGCCUUCACCACAGGAGGCAUCCAAUGGCUUCCCCCAGCCCAGUGCCUCGGGCACUUGGCACAAACCAGAAGAGGAAGUGCGACUGGUAGAAUCUGGCUUGGUGAAGAAGGCACACCGAGAAAUCCUGGACCAUGAGAGGAAACGGCGGGUGGAGCUGAAGUGCAUGGAGCUGCAGGAGAUGAUGGAAGAGCAAGGGUAUUCUGAAGAGGAUAUCCGGCAGAAAGUUGGCACCUUCCGGCAAAUGCUGAUGGAAAAGGAGGGUGUUCUCACCCGUGAAGACCAACACGGACGGCAUAUAGUAAUAGAAAAUCAUCAUAUGGUAGAUGGAGAAGAAUACGCCAUACAAUAUGCAGAAUAUGAAGAAGGUUGCCCAUUGCAGUGUGACUGUGCAGCUGACUGUUACCAAUACGACAGCAGUCACCAAGAAUACAGGCUGAAGAGACAAUCUAGUAGCUCCACCUCUCCACCACCAAAGAAGAAAAAGAAAAAAAAAUCAGGUCACAGGCGAAACCGCAAAAAAAGGAAACCUGGAUCAGAGCAUAGUGGGGGUAGUUCUUCCCCAGUUCGGAAGGAGAAGAAGAAGAAAAGUGGAAAAAAACACCGGAGAGACAGGUCUGGAUCUGGAUCUCAUAAGAAGAGGAGGCACAGGUCCAGAAGUCUCAAGACCAAAAGGAAAGAAAAAAAUAAAGACAGAAAAAGAUCUCACAGUGAACUGUCUCCUCGUCGCUCCCACAGACAUAGCAGCUGUAGUUCUCGGAGCCUUUCCCUUUCCUCGGAAUACAGUGGCUGCAAAUCCACAGGCAGAUUGAGCCCCAAAUACAGAGAGGAUGGUCAAAGGGCCAGCAGCCACAGAUCCAGCCACAGCCCAUCCUCCUCUUGCACUGGCCACAGCCGAUCAGCCACGCCUCAUCAAAAUGGGCACAAGGGCAGUGCCCAGAAUGGCCGCCAUAACCAUGGCGCCCUGUUGGAGAAGAAACAGGAGAAGAGGUUGGGUUCCCUGUCGCCUUCAGCCAAAGGGCACAUAAAGACCGAAACCCUAUCGCUCCACGCCAAAGAAAGCAGGGGAAACAAACAUGGGGCCAAGAUCCCCCGGAGGUCCACAUCCCCAGGGAGAUGCUCUGGAGGAGACAAACCCUCCCACAGGCGCCACACCAGAUCCACAUCAAAACACAAGCGCAAAGGGCGUCGCAGGGCCAAAACCUCUGCAAGCAAGGAAUCAUCCUGGUCGGUCAGCCAUACAGGAUAUAGCAGUGACUCAGAAGGGUCUACCUAUUCACAUCAAUACCACGCAACAACCGGGGCAGAAAAGAACCACAGGGUACAUCUGAAAACGGCAAAAGAGAGGCACCACCGGGGAAGACCACAUAGUUGUUCUCCGACUUCAGCCAAACACUCCAGACACAACUCUGAACGAAGGAGGAGUCUAUCUCGAAGCAGUUCCUGGAGCUCCAGCCGGUCUCCAUCAAAAUCCCGAUCCCGAUCUCGGGAGAAGAGAGCUGGACGCAGCAGGACUCGAUCGGGAUCACAGAAAAAAACAACAAGCAGCAGAGAGAAGGACAAUGAGCCACGAACACGUCAUAGUGACACAGAACCAACCCGUGCCCGACGACGUUCCCGCAGCUACUCCCCCAUCAGAAAGAGAAGGCGUGAUUCUCCAAGUUUCAUGGAGCCUAGAAGAAUCACUAGUGCUCGGAAGCGUCCAAUCCCCUACUAUCGACCCAGCCCUUCCUCUUCCAGCUCACUUACCAGCUACUCCUACAGUCGCAGCCGUAGUCGCAGCUAUGACAGCUACAGCAGCAGCAGGAGCCGGACUCGCACCCAGAGCCGCAGUCCAAGCUACAACAGCCGAAGCAGUUCUGAGAGUACUGGAUUUUGAGCACCCCCUGCCAGCCAUUUUGAGAAAUGAGCUGGUCCAGCUUUCUCUCCAAUCCUGUCUCCAUCCCCUUUUUCCAGGCAUGGCCCAACUUAAUUCCUCCACCAGAGCUUGUCUCUGUCAUUUUUCUGGCCCCUUUAGGGACUCAUCCUGGCAUUCCUGGAGAUGCUAGAUGUGUCCUGUGGGCAAGGGCCUUAUGAAUUUGGGCCUAAACUUUAAGUGGGGAGUCAGAAAUUCUGUAAGUGGGACCCAUGUGCCCCAGGGAAAAUCAUGAAGCUACCUUUGAAAAUGCAGCUCAGCAGAGAGG